AUGACUUCAACAUCGAAAUUUGCUAUUCGUUUAUUGCAUGAAGAUGAUUAUGAUCAAGUUGCUUCUUUAUUAAAAACAUCAUUUUUUCCUGAUGAACCUAUUUCGCGAUGUAUCCAAAUCACUGAAACAUCUGAAUUUUCAAAUAUUCUGAUUAAUAGUUGCGUAUCUGAUAAAUGCUCGUUUGUUGCAUAUGACACAGAAACCAAUCAAAUAGUUGCUGUUUGUCUUAAUGAAAUCACCUCGAAGGAUCAUCAUGUGGAAAACAACAUGGUUUCGGAUGAAAAAAUUCGUUUUAUUUUCCAAAUUCUGAAUGAUGUGGAUAGAAAAGUGAAAGUUUUCGAACGACUAAAUGCAAACACUCUUCUUCAUAUAUAUAUAAUUGCUGUUGACAAGAUUGCUCGUGGUCAUGAUCUUGCAUCACGUCUCAUAUCAAAAAGUAUUGAAUGCGUUGCUCAAGAAGAAUUCAACAUACAUGGUGCUUAUGCUGAAGCAACAAAUGUCUAUUCAUUGAAUUGUUUUAAAAAGCAAAAAUUCAACAUUUUUGAUGAGUUAAUAUAUACUGAUUAUGACUCAAAACGUUUAGUUGAUCUCACAGAUCCAAUGUACGAUCGAUGUUAUCUUGUCGGAAGAAAUUUUUAA